AUGUCUUCAGCACAUGAAUCCAACAGUGAUACAUCCAUAAGCUAUGAAGAACAACUCAGGAGGCAAAUUAUUUUAAACUCUAUUGAAAAUAAGGAUUAUUUAUUGGUAAUUGCCAGUCAGCAGCAAAAAUCAGUUCAGCAGGUUAAACAUGAACUUAUGCUAAAACUAACCGAAGGUUGA